AUGUUCAAUGUUGGCGCGGCCAGCAGCGAGUGCGUGCCGUACAUGUAUACAAAUGAAAUGGACUCGGGGCUCGGCAGCGACGAGGAGCAACGGCGGACGCGCACCAAGGAGCAAAAGCAACGCCGUAAUGAGCAGCUGGUGAACGGCGCCCAGAACUGCUUCAUCGACGCCGCGCUGCUGCAGGACGAUGAGGUGACCACCACGUCGGCGUCGUCUUCGCCGCGCUGCGAGCUGGAGCAGCGUCGCACCGAGGAGCGCCGCCAAGGCGCUCUUCUCUAAACGGGCAUCCAUCAAUACAGCACAAUGCUUCAGUUAGCUGGACCAUCCGAUGACACUCCACCGGAGACACCCUACAACUCUAUUGUACACCUGAAUGGGGCACAGCUUACUUCUGUUUGUGUAUCUGAUAUGUCAGAUGGGAUUGAGGUUGAUGCUGAUGCAGUCAUUGAAGAGGAAAACACUAAUAAACCAUCACUAGGGUUCUAUGUAGAUCUCAAUGAUGUUGAAGAUGAGCCAGCACAAGAGGUGGCCUCUAAUGCAUCAGCAACAAAAAACAUUUUCUCUAUGGUUAUUGAUUUUGAAGCACCCAAGAAGGAUAUGCCAUCACAUUUGUUUAGAAACACCGCCCGGCGAAAAUCAAAUGGAUCAAAAGGUGACAAAGCUACAAAAUCAGCAGUGGUGUCACCUCAGCAACAAGCCGCAAGUAAAACUAAAGUUGAGGUGACAUCUCCGAAAAACGCCGAUGACACUACAGCUAAAUACGAUCAAAUUCGAUCACCGGAUCGUGUUCCGGCCGUACAAUUCACCUUGGAGUGCGUUGACGACGAUAACAGCUCCGAAAUGGAAGCUGUGUCGUUCAUAACGGACGCAUCUAGCGAAACGAGGAUCGAUAUCACCGAGAAAUCGCCCGAGUUGCAAUCGGACACCAAAUUUGUGAGGUUGUCCGACUUAAUGUGUCAGCCUGCGCGAUUGGAUAGCGACGUUUGCAACGACGUUGUGUGUCCAAGGAUGAGUCGCUCAAUUCCUGAGAGUUCCUGGGUGGAGAGUCCGCUGCUAAUGUCGCGAUCUGCGGGGUUUCGCAUUGCGCCAAGGCCAAUGGAACCUGAUACUUCUAGUCUCUCAGAUAGUACAGGAUCCCAAACUGGGCCGUCUCAACGCCGCCUUGGUACGGACCUGCUGCGUAUGUUCCUGGAAGAAAUGGACACUGAUACCCACGUGCAUGUGGGCAACCGCAGCAUUAAAGCGCAUCGUUGCAUUCUGAUAUCACGAUGUCAGUACUUUGCUGGGACUCUUCGAGGGCGAUCGAUUGAAUUGGACGGUUUUUCAUAUGAUGCUGUGCAUUUUGCGCUGUGUCACAUCUAUAGCGGCGCAUCGCAUGUACCGGACUCCAUUAGUCUGGUGGAGUUGGCAAGUUUAGCUGAUUUGUUAAGCCUGGAAGGAUUGAAGGAGGUUGUUUCGCAUGCUUUGAAAUCGCGGCAUUGUCACAACUUUCAUUCGCCAUGUGCCGGAUGUCUUACAGGGGUUUUGGAGGUUUUGCCAUUAUCGUCUGCGUAUGGAUUAGAUGAGCUGUAUCAAAAAUGUUUGAAGUGGAUAACAACACAUUAUCUACGUAUAUGGCCCAGCAGGGCGUUCGCGUCGUUGCAGCGCGAAUUGCGCGAAAAAUGCGUUCAACAGCAUGUGGUUCACAUGAGCGCUGCUACCGUCCUCGCCACUAGUUUGUCCUGCGACCGAUUACUGGCUUCUCUGCCCAAUUUAAAGUGGGCCGAACCGGUUGUUCAAUUAGCGCUACAAUUAUCACAAACCUGUCAGACAUAUGUAACGCAGCACUUCACCGCCGUGCUGCCGACGUUGAUGGAUGCAGAACCUUGGAACUAUCCGCGAAUUGAGGAAAUCUUACUCAACGCUUCAUCUGGAUUGACGUUGGAUCAAGAUUGCGGUGUUUAUUCCAGAUGCUCUCACAUGUUGGUUAAAACCAAAGAUAGUGCUAAUGUAACAUUGCACGAAAUGUUAGUGAAAUUAAAGGAGCACAUCGAGCGUCGCAUCGUCCUGAAAUCGCACAAAUUAGGAAAGUGCCAGCGUUGGUUGCGCAUGGAGCCUGAGCUUCGCGCACAUAUUAAAUCUCUUGCGAAAAUGUCCGAGUCCCUGGUGAAAAAUACCAAAACUGAUAUUCCUAGCCGGCUUCCGCGCAUGAUAAGCUCUAAAACAGUAACCAGUUCAUCAGAAUCGUCGCGAAAUUCCAGCCCUGCGACCUCCCAGAGCCACACCAGCCCCUCCUUACGACGUAGUUUAUUACUAGCAGCGCGAGCUCCACAAGUCCCGCCAAGUCCUUCGGCCACACGUCGUAUAAGCACCCUUACUAUGCCGACAGCCGCAAGUGCUGCGAAGAGCGCGCCGCCCAGACACAACAAACCAUCCAAUCCGAAGCAACAACCGCAAAGUCUUACACAACCACGUCCUAUCUCAGCUCCGUCGAACUUACGCAAAAGCGCAUCUUCUAAAUCAGCAAACAAGGAACCCGUUGUUAAAAAAGACACGCCCCGGAGACCUGUGAAUAGCGCAGCUACGCGUAAACCUGCGACACCUACAGCUUCCAAAAAACACACGGAGAUAUCAAAAUCAAAUGAGAAGAUCGGCGUAAAACGCAAACAAGUUGUGUCCACGACUACUAAGAAGGUCGUGCAAGCUGAGACGAAGUCGCCGCAAAAAUCUCCCGGUAUGGUACGUUCUAGUACAUUCCUGAAAGACGAGCCCACCGUACUUACACUCUCUAGUCAUGGUAAAAUGUAGAAUUGUUGGAUCUAGUCGUGUAUAUUUUUUUUUUGUUCGUAUGCUUCCAACACUAGUCAUUGCGAACUGUUUUCAAUUGUUUGCGCUCACGCUCGUUCUCUUGGUUGGUGAAUUGAUCUCUAUACUUCAAAUCUCUGCGUUCGACGACAAACAUACAGAACAUUCCCAGAAUUUACAAACAAUUUGUGAUAAAGAUGCAAUUUUACAUUGAUAGACUAUUUAAAGUAAUCAUAAGCUGAACAAAACUUUGAAGUACGCGCAGCUAAUUGAAUGUUAUGUAUACUCGUGUACAUAAGAUUGAUAUAAAUUAGUUAUAAAUGUCGCGCAUCUUCGUCGUACUACAUAUAUAAAUUUUAAGUUAUUUGGGGCCAGUUUUUUGAUUCGCGCACUUAAAAUACAUUCCUGUCUAUAUUAGAAGUAAUUUUUUUGUGUAGCCGGUAUUAACCAUUUUCAUGGUUAAAUCUUACUGAAGUGACUUAUCUUAAGGUGUUUCAAAGAAUAUAAAGUAAAUGACCUUAUCAAAAAUGUA